AAAAAAAUAUUACUUGUAAAUUACAUUAAAAAAAUAAUUACUAAAUUAAGAAAUAAUUAAUAAUAAUUUAAAAAAACACACACAACACAACAAAAUGAUUAUUCCUCAUUGCCAUUUUUUUAAUAUUAAUCUUAUAAUAUCAAAAAUAUUUAUAAAAAAUAAUAAAAUAAUAUAGUUAAUAGAAAAAUAUAAUUUUAUAGUUUUUAAAUUUUAUUUAAAAAAAAAAAAUUAUUAAAAAAAAAAUUUAGUAAAAUAAAAGAAAUUAAUUAAAAAAAAAUAUUUACAAAAUGUCAUUUGGAAUAAAAUUUUCAUAUUGGAUUACAAUAUUAACUUAUAUACAAUAUGCUAUAAUACCUAAUGCUAUUAUAUUGGCCCAAUUAAUGCCACCAACUGAAAAAAUUCCAUUAGGUGCAAUAUUUGAACAAGGAACCGAUGAAGUACAAUCGGCAUUUAAAUAUGCAAUGCUUAAUCAUAAUUUAAAUGUAACAUCAAGACGUUUUGAAUUACAGGCUUAUGUUGAUGUUAUAAACACAGCUGAUGCAUUUAAAUUAUCAAGACUCAUUUGUAACCAAUUCUCCCGUGGCGUUUACUCGAUGUUGGGCGCCGUUUCACCUGAUUCAUUUGAUACAUUACAUUCGUAUAGUAACACCUUUCAAAUGCCAUUUGUAACUCCAUGGUUCCCGGAGAAGGUAUUGACACCAUCAUCAGGAUUUCUCGAUUAUGCUAUUAGCAUGAGACCGGAUUAUCAUCAAGCUAUUAUCGAUACGAUUCAAUUUUAUGGAUGGAGAAAAAUAAUUUAUUUAUAUGAUUCCCAUGAUGGUCUCUUAAGACUACAACAAAUUUAUCAAGGUCUUAAACCGGGCAAUGAAUCAUUUCAAGUUGAAAUGGUUAAAAGAAUAGCAAAUGUUACAAUGGCAAUAGAUUUUCUACACACAUUAGAAGAAUUAAAUCGUUGGUCCAGCAAAUAUAUUGUUUUAGAUUGUCCAACUGAAAUGGCAAAAGAAAUUGUUGUUAAUCAUGUACGAGAUAUAUCACUUGGCAGACGAACUUAUCAUUAUCUAUUGAGUGGUCUUGUUAUGGACGACAGAUGGGAAAGUGAAAUUAUUGAAUAUGGUGCCAUCAAUAUAACAGGUUUUCGUAUCCUUGAUACAUCAAGAAGAUUCGUAAGAGAAUUUUUUGAUGGCUGGAAACGUUUGGAUCCAACAACAUCUGUAGGUGCUGGAAGAGAAUCAAUUUCGGCACAAGCAGCUUUAAUGUAUGAUGCAGUAUUCGUUUUGGUUGAAGCAUUUAAUAAAAUUUUAAGAAAAAAACCAGAUCAAUUCCGGAAUAACGUACAACGUCGUGGACAACCCUUAAAUGGUACAAUUAAUAGCACAUUAAAUGGUAAUAAUAAUGUUGGAAGUGGAAAUUCUGGCCGACCAUUGGAUUGUAAUUUAUCAAAAGGAUGGGUUAAUCCAUGGGAACAUGGUGAUAAAAUAUCACGUUACCUUAGAAAAGUGGAAAUUGAAGGUUUAACUGGUGAUAUACGAUUUAAUGAAGAUGGCCGUCGUCAAAAUUACACAUUGCAUAUUGUUGAAAUGACCGUUAAUAGUGCUAUGGUUAAAGUUGCUGAAUGGACUGAUGAAGUUGGUUUAAUACCAGUAUCAGCAAAAUAUGUUCGUUUACGUCCAAAUGUUGAAAUUGAACGUAAUAAAACUUAUAUUGUAACAAGUUUAAUUGAGGAACCAUAUUUAAUGUUAAAAAUUGGUCAUGAACAUGAAGAAGGUAACAAUCGAUAUGAAGGUUAUUGUAAAGAUUUAGCAGAUUUACUGGCUAAACACAUUGGAAUUAAUUACGAAAUCAGAGAAGUUCAAGAUAAAACCUAUGGAGCCGAAAAUCCAGAUGUACCAGGCGGAUGGGAUGGUAUGGUUGGAGAACUUGUUAGAAGGGAAGCAGAUAUAGCAAUUGCUGCAAUGACAAUAACGAAACAAAGAGAACGUGUAAUUGACUUUAGUAAACCGUUUAUGUCGUUAGGAAUAUCAAUUAUGAUUAAAAAGCCUAUUAAACAAACACCUGGAGUUUUCAGUUUUAUGAAUCCCUUAUCACAAGAAAUUUGGGUUAGUGUCAUAUUCUCUUACAUCGGAGUGAGCAUAGUAUUAUUUUUUGUCUCCAGGUUUUCACCAUAUGAAUGGAGAGAAAUUCAAUAUUCAGAAGUUGAAACACAUCAUGAUAUACCACCGCCACCACCGCCCACCUCAAAUCAAGCAACAAUAAUACAAAAAGUUGCUGUUAAUGAAUUCAGUAUUUUGAAUUCAUUUUGGUUUGCUUUAGCUGCAUUUAUGCAACAAGGAUGCGAUAUAUCACCACGAUCAAUAUCCGGUCGUAUUGUUGGUUCCGUCUGGUGGUUUUUUACGCUUAUAUUAAUAUCAUCAUAUACAGCUAAUUUAGCAGCAUUCCUUACGGUUGAAAGAAUGGUAACACCAAUCAAUUCACCCGAAGAUUUAGCAAGGCAAACGGAAGUUCAAUAUGGUACACUAUUGCAUGGAUCUACAUGGGAUUUUUUUAGGAGAUCAACAAUGGAAUUACAUACGAAAAUGUGGGAAUAUAUGAAUUCAAGACCUCAUUUAUUUGUUAAAACUUAUGAUGAAGGUAUACGAAGAGUAAGAACAUCAAAAGGAAAAUAUGCUUUAUUAGUCGAAUCACCGAAAAAUGAAUAUGUGAAUGCUAGAGAACCUUGUGAUACAAUGAAAGUUGGCCGAAAUUUAGACACAAAAGGAUUUGGUGUAGCGACACCUAUCGGUUCACCAUUGAAAAAUGUUAUAAAUCUUGCUGUUCUUGAUUUAAAAGAAGAUGGGAAACUAGAUAAACUAAAAGCAAAAUGGUGGUACGAUAAAGCUGAAUGUGUUCAAGGUGAAAAUCAAGAGACAUCACAUAGUGAAUUAUCGCUUAGUAAUGUUGCUGGUAUAUUUUAUAUAUUGAUUGGAGGCCUAUUAAUUGCUGUUCUAGUUGCAAUUAUUGAAUUCUGUUUUCGAAGUAAAUCAUCAUCAUCAUCGUCAUCAUCAUCAACAUCUUAUCAAAAUCGUAAUUCACUGCCAGAUGGUGUCCAUUCAAAAGCAAAAUUAACUAUACAAAGUAGUAGAGAAUUUGAUAAUGGACGAGUAGGUGUAAGUUUUUAAAUUAUUAUCCAUCAGCACAAAUGAAUCCACCUACUGAAACUGAAACAUUACAUAUGAAUACACAUGGUCAAGUUUGACGUGAACAUGCGCAAGAGUCGAGACUAUGACGUACUCCUUGCGCACCAACAAUACGCCGAAUAAUGGCAAAUAGUCGACAAGAAACCGAAAAAAUGCUUAGUAAUGAAGCACUAGUAGUUGGUCAUCAAAAUAAUACAUUAACAAGAAAUACAAGUUUAGUAAAUUAUGGUAACACUUAAAAUAUUAUUAUAUAGAAAAAAUAGUAUUAAAACAUUAAAAUAAAUAUAAAAAUAUAUUUAUACGUAUAUAUACAAAUAGCUAUAUAUAUAUAUAAAUUUGUUUAAAAUUAAAAUAUCUAUAAUAACAAAUUUAUAUAUACAAAUAUACAUACAUAAAUAUAUAUAUAUAUAUAUAAACGGAAUGAAAUCUAAUCCUAAAACACCUAUUAAGUAAAUUUAACUAUUUAUACAUAUACAUAUAUAUAUAAUACAUACAUACAUAUAGAUUAAUGCUAAGAGUAAUAGGAAACUAAACUAUAAAAUAAAAAUAUAAAUUAUAUAACAGAAAUCAAAAUAAAAAAAAACCAAAAAAAAAAAAAUAAUCAACAGUAAAUAAGGAAGAAGAAAAAGGAUAUAGGACAAAACAAAAUUUAGCCAAAAAAAAAAAAAAUAAUGUUAAAGCCAAAAUCAAACAUUAAAUUUAGGACAAAACAAAAAAAAAUUGAAAAAAAAUAGGAAUUAAUGCUUAUGGAAAUGAAAAUUACAGUUAUGUUUUUUAUACUGAAUAAUUUUUAAUUUUAUUAAAAUUAAAACACGAACGUAAUAAUAAAACGGAAUAGUGUUAAACAUUGCCUACAUUUAGGCGCUUUGAAAAUUUUUUUUUCUGAAUUCGUGCCAAAAAUGAACACACUAAACAUUUUCUUAUUUAUAUUUUUUAAAAUUUUUAAAAAUAAAUAAAAAUUUUAUAAUUAUAAUAAAUGAUAAUUAUUUUGAUGCACUUUCAAAUUUUAUUAAUUUAUUUUUUAUUAAUUUCUCAUUAUUAAAUUAAAUUACGAAAAAUUCUAAAAUGAAAUUGUCAAACUGCCAUUUUGAAAAUAAUUUUAUACAAUAACAAAAUAUUAUAAAUGCCAAAAAGAAGAUGUCAAUUUAUUUUUUAAACUGUCAUUUUUGUGUGACGAGAAGCAUUUAAAGCAAAAAGUUUCACUUCAUACAACAACUGAGUUCAAUUUCGUUUCAUACUUACAUGUAGAAAACUAAUUUUAAUUUAUUUUAAAAUGCAAAACUAAAAUUACUGAAAAGCAACGGCAAUAAUAAUUUGUCUAUAUUAUAUAAUUUAUAUUACGGUAGGUUCGUCACCUACCUAGUAAACUCAAUGACGUAAGAAACUGAUUCAUGGUUAUCUACUCUCAGGAGCGAAGUAGGAUUAAAAAAAAUAUAUAUAUAUUCAAAAUAAUUUACUACAUAUAAGAGUUUUUCACAACCUUAAUAAUUAUAUUAAAAGAAGUAAAUUAAAAUACAGUGAACCCGGCUUUCGGGAGUUGCCCUCCCAUUAUGUUCGCAAAGAAUUAUUCACUUUUCUGUAAGUUUAUUUUAGUUAAGCGAAUUCGUUUGAAUGAACUUUCAAUUCAGAUAUCCGAAUAAACUUUUGAUUCACAUAAAUAAAAUUUCGUUAUAGCGUUCAAAAUAAUAUGAGAAUAUUAAUAAUAAUUUUGUGAUUUCUAACCAAAGCCAAUUGAACAUUCUGGCACUUAUGAGUGGUUGAAUGUAUUUGACAACAAUAAUAAAGAAAAAAAUUAAAACAAUAUCAACCAUUUUAGAAGGCAUUGCCAAUUUUUAAUUUUUAAACGUGAUGCAUACAGAAAAUUCUCUUUUUUUAAUACGCUUUAAUUGCAAUACAUUAUUAAAUCAAACAUGUUUGUUCGAACAUGAAUAUCAAACUUUUUGUCGCAUAUAAAUAAUUAUACAGAAAUUUCAAUUCAUUUCAUCAAAUAACAUGAGAGUGUGUCAUUAUAUAAUCAAAUUCUAUACCUAUACCUAUUUAGUACAUUAAAAAAUAUUUUCCUCAUAUUUAUCCCACGUAUUUUAUUAUUAUACAUUAUAUAAAAGAAAAAUACUGAAAUCAAAACAAAAAAAAAACACAAAUUUCACUUCCAUUUUAAUUUUAAAACAAAAAAAAAUUAAAAGCCAAAACUAUAACGCCUCUGACAGACAUGCAAGUUUUAGUUUUGCAACUAUACAGUUUGAUUGCAAAUUAAUUGCGUGCACAUGUUUGUAAAAAAUUGCAAUCAGUUUUAAAAAAAAUUACAAACUGUUUGAUUGCUUAUUUCAUACAAUUGCAUGUGUGCACGCUUGAAUACGAGCCUACAGAAUACAAAUAAGUAAUCAAACAGUUGCAAAACUAAAAACUCCAUGUCUGCUUGAGCCCUAAACAUCCGAAAAAAUUAAUAAAAAAAAUAACAAAAAAUAUUUAAAAAAAAAUUUUUUUAUAAAAA